AUGACAAAGGAUACUGGCCAACGUAACGAGGCAACUGAUGAUGCUCAGAACAAGCAAUCAGACCGAUUACCUAAGGAAACUCACGGUUUUAGAGUGCUGGGUAUUAUUGCCUAUUUCAUUUCUACUGUCUUUCUUUUGAUGUUGGGUGUUCGUCUGCUAAUGCUAUGUUGGGAUUUCGACAGGAGAUGUGGCUGCUCAAGAUCCCUGAGCAAAGGAAUUUGUCGUGACUGCAGGACGGCCAUUGUUCCGGAUACCAAGAUAACGGUUACAGAAGCUUGUAGCUCAAGCAUAGCUGGCAUUGCAAAAGGAAUUGAAAAUGUUUCUUUGACACCCACUUGUGUAGACUUGCAUAAACUUACUAUGGGUUGUAUCUUAUUUGAUCACGUUGAGAUUUCAACGCAAGGAGUUAUCCACCAGUUUCGAAUUUGUCGUGACUGCAGGACGGCCAUUGUUCCGGAUACCAAGAUAACGGGUACAGAAGCCUGUAGCUCAAGCAUAGCUGGCAUUGCAAAAGAAAUUGAAAAUGUUUCUUUGUUCGACUGUAGCGAGUACAUGAAGAUUUUUGAUACCAAUGGUGUUCAGGUGUUCCAUCGUGGAGGAUGUGAUUCCACAACUAGCGGAUUGUCCGUGGAAGUCCCAUUUGGUGAUGGGCAUAGUAUCACGCUCGCGAUUCUUUUUUCGUACCGGUAUAGUUACGCCAAUGUCCAAUAUGCGAUGUUAUAUCAACCCCUAAGCUCAGCUCAAUUGGUCCCAUCUUGGAAUAUCAGUAUCUCUGAUACUACAACCUCGUCGAUGACAGUGCAAUGGUCUAACUUCCCUCUGACAAGUCAGUCCAUUCAACGACUUUUAGUGGGCUACAGAGAACACAAUUCAAACGUCAGUCUAAUUUUUGAGACUCAAAGUUAUUACAAUACACAUUACACUGGGAAGGUUCUUGGGAGUUACCAAUACUAUGACGUGCAAUUAAUUGCUGUGGCGUCAAAUUCUAGCAAUGGUACAUUUUCCAGUAGGAAGGAGAUCGCAAGGACAAACGAAGGAGUUCCAAGCAGUGCACCAUCGAAUGUUCGCUUGACAAAUCUGCAGUCCCAUGAGGUGAAAGUUCAAUGGGAUCCCAUACCUCCAGAGACAGCUAAUGGAAUAUUGCUGGGAUAUAGAGUGUUCUAUCAAGAGUACUGGUAUUCAGGUUUGCUUCAAAACAUGGAUACUAAGAGCCCCAAUGUUCACAUGCUGAUACUAAGGGAUCUGAAGUCAGCACAGAGAUACCAAAUAUCGGUGGCAGCAUUUACGUCCCAAGGAGCAGGAUCGCAGUCAUACUUGCGAUACAUUACAACAGGUUGUGGUGGACAUUUAAACCAGUCAUUUGGACAAGUGCACAUCGGCUCAAACAGGAACUACUACCAUUUAAGCUGCACCUGGAAUAUCGUAAAUGUGGGCAUACAGCGAGCAGUCACCUUCAUUUGGAUAAAUGACCUUUAUAUGUCUUAUUCGUCUGAUUAUAUAAAGAUCCUGGACGGAAAUGGCUCUGUAGUUCUACAUCAACAUGGGUACUCUGGUAUUCAGGAGAACAUUCACUUAGAAGUUGAAUUUGGAAACACUGAAAACAUCACCAUGCAAACCUCCCUUUCGAGUUCAUACAGUCACUUUCAGCUUAGUUACGGGACUUUGAAAAGAGGCCUCCAGUCAGCUUUGUUGACCGCAAAUUGGAACUUUACAGUGGAAAAUGUCACUUCUACAAGUGUUAGCGUCUUCUGGAUUAACCUGGAAUUUUUGAUUAGUGAACAAGUUUUGCAUUACAUCACUUUACUAAGAAGUGCUAAUGGUAGCAGUGUCUUAAAUGCUGUGAUCACAAGUGGAAACACCACGUCUGGGAAUAUUUCUGGGUUAUCAACAUACACGGAGUAUCAAAUAACCAUUGUUGGCGUUGGAAGCGACGGGCAAGCGCACAACAGUUCAAAGUCAACAUUUUGGACAGAAGAAGGAGUUCCAAGCAGAGCCCCAUCCAAUGUUCGACUGUCGAAUCUACAGCUAAAUGACAUACGAGUACAGUGGGAUCCACUUGCACAGCAUUAUGUAAAUGGACGACUACAAGGAUACAGAGUGCGUGUUUAUGAGUAUGGAUAUUACUAUUAUGGUUUCCUUAUACAAACUUUGGAGACCGGUGGUCCCAAUGUUCACACGAUGAAAGUAGGAGGGCUGAAAGCUGCACAACGAUACCGAAUAAGCGUAACAGCUUUUACUUCGAAAGGCGAGGGCCCACAAUCUUACUGGCGAUACAUUACAACAGGAUGCGGUGGAAACGUAAAUCAGUCAUUUGGCGUGAUACAAGUUGGACAAAGGGGUUACUAUUCAAGUUCUGUAAAAUGUGACUGGGAGAUUGGAAACUCAGGAAUCAACCAACCCAUCCUGAUUGUAUCUUUUGAAGAUCUAUAUAUCUCAAGCUACUUAGAAUAUUUGAAGAUCAUCGAUGGAAAUGGGGUAACAGUAUUUCAUCACACUGGAUAUUCAUCUUCUCCUUUGAAAACGUCCCUGCUCGUUAAUUAUGGGAGUGGAAAUAAUGUCAAGGUGCAGAUUUACUUCUACAAUAACUGGAGUCAGUUCAAGCUUAAAUACGGAAUCGUAAAUCAGGACCUCCAGUCAGCUGUAUUUGUCUCAAACUGGAAUGUAACUAUUGGAAACACCACAGAGAAAAGCAUCGGGAUCCAGUGGGAAAAUGUGAACGAAGUGCUGAAUCAGAAAAUUCGUCACCUCUUCGGUCUUCUGCAGACCUCCAAUGGAACCAUUUUGAACGCCAAGAUCAUGUCUGGAAAUACAACUUCGGUGGUAUUCGUUGGACUUUUAUCAUAUAGACAAUAUUCUGUUGCUAUUAUUGGCGUUGCCAAUGACGGACAAGCCUAUAAGAGUGCUAAUAUCACAGCCUGGACGGACGAAGGAGUUCCUAGCAGAGCACCACUAAACAUCGCCUUCACAAAAGUGGAGUCAACUGAGAUAACUGUUCACUGGGACCCUCUUUCAUUGCAAUAUGUCAAUGGAAGGUUGCAAGGGUACAGAGUUUAUUUCCAGGUGUUCACUUAUUAUUAUUCUCCGCUUAAGAAAAACAGCGUAACCGUCAAUGCCACUAAAAUAACUUUGACAGGAUUGAAUCCGGGCCAACGGUAUGAUGUUUCCGUGUCCGCUUUCACUUCCAAAGGAGAAGGACCGCUUUCCUUCCGCUACUACGUCACGACAGCUUGUGAGAUCACUUUAAACCAAUCCUCUGGACUGAUAGAUGUGACACAAACAGAUUAUAAGAAUCUAUAUUGCGAUUGGACAAUUGGCAAUUUUGGAAUAACGAACGCGGUUGUACUUUUUCUAUUCGACCAACUUGCCUUUGAUUCCUGCAGCGAGCAUUUGAAGAUCUUCAGUGGCAAUGGAACCCUCAAAUAUCAUAAGGAGGGUUGCUGUCCUAGCAAUCCAGGAUCCUUUGUUGAAAUUCCUUUUAUGCAAUCCGAUAACAUCGAAGUCAAUAUUUUAUUGACUGAACUACAAAGCCGCAUUACAUCUCACUUUGUGAUACUAAAACAUGGCCUAUAUUCAGCGACUUAUACUCCUGGCUGGCUAGCAUCAGUAGACAAUAUCACCAGCUCAAGUCUUUUGAUUCAGUGGAGUAACCUAACCAGGUUUAUAAAUCGGAGAAUACUUCACUACAUCGUCCUCCUCUCAUCUUCCGAUAGAAGCGCACCAUACAAUGCUAUUGUAGAUGGAAGUAGACUAGAUAUAGAAAUUAAUGGACUGGACCAUUCACAAAGGUAUCACAUGGAAGUGUUUGGAGUGGACGCACUUGGCUAUUGUCACAAGGCUCUAGAAGUGAACGCCACUACGAAAAAUGUGUCAUGCGGAUAUCGACCAAGUGGCAUGCGUAUUGUUGGUGGGUCAGUCGCCCCAAUCAAUAGCUGGCCCUGGCAGGCGAUGUUGCGGGACAGUUAUGGUUGGCAGUUUUGCGGGGGUAGUUUGAUACACCCGUUAUGGGUUGUCACGGCCACUCACUGCGUACAAGGAAAAUCCGCGUCGUCGGUGAAAGUCGUAUUGGGGGCACAUUACAAAUCUUAUGGUAAUGUCAGCACAGAGCAGAAUUUUGAUGUUGUAAAAAUAAUUGAACAUGAAAGCUACGAUAGUCCAUACAGUUGGAGCAACGACAUAGCUCUACUACAGCUAUCAAAACCGGCUAAGCUUGGAAAAGGAGUUGGGCUUGUUUGCCUUCCGGAUAUGAGUUUUCAGCUCCCUUUCGAUAGUCCUAACAAGAAGUGCUGGAUAACUGGCUGGGGAAAACUUUCAUACUAUGGAAUGUCUCCCAACGAGUUGAUGCAAGUUGAUAUACCUCUGGUAUCAAAACAGCGCUGUCUCGCGUCAUACCCAGGUAAAAUCGAUGACUCCAUGAUAUGCGUUGGCCAAGAUGAAGGUGGAAUAGGAGGUUGUCAAGGCGACAGCGGUGGACCACUUGUGUGUGAGUUCAGUGGAAAAUGGUAUCUGGAGGGAGCUACUAGUUGGGGAGGAAUUCCAUGCGCAGACCCAUUGAAAUACACUGUAUAUGCCAACAUUCGCCAUUUAAAGUCGUGGAUAACAAGCAAGAUGUCCUCUUUCCCUGUUCCUGGUGUGACGGCAUUUCACCUAUCGUGCAAUUUUGACAAUAGCCUGUGUUCUGGCUGGGAUCAGUCUUACUCAGAUGAUUUCGACUGGACGCGGCGUCGGGGUUCAACUCCAUCUUGGGCCACAGGACCAUCCUAUGACCACACUAGUGGAUCAGGAUAUUAUAUGUACAUCGAGGCAUCGUCCCCUCGAGAUAUAGGUGAUAAAGCAAAGCUUGAGCUCUCCUUAUGCGGAAAUGGAGACGAGGCUUGUCUUACAUUCUACUAUCACAUGUACGGACUCACUAUGGGGACCCUGAAAGUCUUAAGCGGAAAUGUGGUUGUAUUCAGUGCCUCAGGAAACAAAGGCAACUACUGGCAGAAGGCCGAAAGAACUAUUUAUUUGGACAAAGUUGUCACGUUUGAGGGGAUAGUAGGAUCAUCUUAUGAGGGAGACAUUGCCAUUGAUGACGUUUCAAUUAAGAGAGGGCGCUGUCUAACAUCGACAGCAACCACUUCGUGCAAUUUUGACAGUGGACUGUGUUCUGGUUGGUGGCAGUCUUACUCCGAUGUCUUUGACUGGACACUAAAUAGUGGAUCAACGCCAUCUUAUAACACUGGCCCAGACUACGAUCACACCACAGGCUUUGGCUACUAUAUGUACAUCGAAGCGACCUAUCAAAAUGAUGGCGAUAACGCCAAGUUGAAGCUUUAUUUAAACGGAAACGGAGAAGUCUCUUGCCUUGGGUUCUAUUAUCACAUGUAUGGAGAUACUAUUGGGGCACUCAAUGUCUACAGUGAAAAUCAUUUAAUAUUCAGCUCUACUGGAAAUCAUGGAAACCUUUGGAUAAAGGCGGAAAGGACAAUUUAUUUAGAUACAACAUUGACAUUUGAAGGAAUAGUAGGAUAUUCCUUCACCGGUGACAUAGCUAUUGAUGACGUCACCGUAUCCAGAGGGAGCUGCUCAGGACAAACUCCGCCUCCAACAUGGUAUCCAGUUCCGACAACCCUUAAGCCUUCUUCAAAACCUACCAAUUCCAGCAGCGUGACCACUAUUCACACCCAAAAACCGUCCAUACCAGUCCAUAUAGUAUGUUCUGACAAGCCUGAGCUCCCCAUAUGUUCCCAACUUCCUACAUAUGGAAAUUUCUGUACAGAAUAUUUCAACUGGUCUGUCAAGCACUGCCCUAAAUCAUGUGGAUUUUGUGGAGAUGAUUCUCCAACAACCAAGGGGAUUUUUACGUCGACCCACGUGGUGACUUUCAAGCCGACUACUAUUCAUCGCAUUCCAUCAGCAAAGGAAAUGCAAGAGGCAGUAAUGCUAAAAAUGAAAAAUUUCGAAAUGAAGAAGUGGAAGGAAAUGGAAGCGGACUUUAAACGAGAAAUUACAAGUGCAGCUAAUAAAUAUUGUGCAGAUGGAGGAGCAUCCUGUCGAACAAGUCUUCGUCGGAGACGAUCAUCCGAUAGCAUGAAAUUUUCAGCCGAUAUGGUUCAGAUUGUCCCUGGUUACCCAAUGCCGUCACCGGAUGAUCCCAGCAUAACGUUGUUGGCAUUCUACCUAAAGCUUCCUGGAGGUGUCGGAGACAACGUGGUCAGCGAAAAUGUCCUGAAAAACAUCGUGAAAAGCGAUAUGAAAUCUAUUGAAGGGUCGAUGGGUGUGAGCAUCACAACUGUUCAGUCAAUGCCAACCACUCCGCCUCGGAUUGAUGUAGAUCAAGAAGAUGAGACAGAUGACGAAGGAUCAAUCUCAACCUCGGUUAUCGUGGGUGUGGCCCUUGGAUCCCUGUUCUUGCUGGGGAUUAUCAUUGCUGUCACCUUGUUUAUCAAAUCUACCAGGUUCGGCCCCAAAUGCCGUGCGCUGUCCACCGACAAGGUCAAUCAAGGAAUUGAUGUGACUCAAGAAGCUUUGCAUGGGAAUGCAGAUAAGCAUGGUGUGACUUUCAGUAAACCAAGAGGUAUUGCUUACGACAAUAGUGCAUACGUGUCCGUAGAGCAAGCCACUGCAUCAGCGCGGCAGGGUGGAAUAAUUCCUAUCAAAUUCUAA